CCUGGCACCGCGUGCGAACGUCUUUGAGCAUCGCGGGCAUUGUGUGUUAAAUAAAAUUAAUUAAAAUGACUGACGUUGAUUCGCGUAAGAAAAAGAAGAAAAUCAAGGAAGAGCCACUCGAUGGCGAAGAUAUUGGCACUCUACAGAAGCAGAAUCAAUUUCAAAUAAAGCCAUCUUCGAAAAUAGCCGAGCUGGACACAUCCCAGUGGCCGCUGCUGCUUAAAAAUUUUGAUAAGCUCAACAUACGGUCCAAUCACUAUACGCCGCUGGCACAUGGCUCCUCGCCGCUGAAUCGCGACAUCAAAGAGUACAUUAAAACUGGUUUCAUAAAUCUCGAUAAGCCCUCGAAUCCCAGCUCGCAUGAGGUGGUCGCUUGGAUCAAGAAGAUAUUGAAAGUUGAAAAAACCGGCCACUCCGGCACAUUGGAUCCGAAGGUUACGGGCUGCUUAAUUGUCUGCAUUGACCGCGCCACACGUCUCGUCAAAUCGCAACAAAGUGCCGGCAAAGAGUAUGUGGCUAUUUUUAAACUACAUGGUCCCGUUGAAUCGGUGGCCAAAGUGCGUCAGGGAUUGGAAAAAUUGCGUGGUGCACUCUUCCAGCGCCCGCCCCUUAUAUCGGCUGUAAAACGUCAGCUUCGUGUGCGCACAGUCUACGACAGCAAAUUGCUGGACUACGAUGAGACGCGUAAUAUGGGUGUUUUUUGGGUUAGCUGCGAGGCCGGUUCCUAUAUACGUACCAUGUGCGUCCAUCUGGGUCUAGUCCUCGGCGUCGGUGGCCAAAUGUUGGAACUGCGUCGAGUGCGCUCCGGUAUACAGUCGGAACGCGAUGGCAUGGUCACCAUGCACGACGUGCUCGAUGCCAUGUGGCUGUAUGAGAAUCACAAAGACGAGUCCAUGCUGCGACGCGUCGUCAAGCCCUUGGAGGGCCUUCUUAUCAAUCACAAGCGCAUCAUCAUGAAGGACAGCUCGGUCAAUGCCGUUUGCUAUGGUGCCAAAAUCAUGUUGCCUGGCGUGUUGCGCUACGAGGAUGGCAUCGAAAUCGAACAGGAGAUUGUCAUAUGCACAACAAAGGGCGAAGCUAUUUGCUUGGCCAUCGCCAUGAUGACAACGGCAACCAUGUCCUCAUGCGAUCAUGGCGUUGUGGCCAAGAUCAAGCGUGUGAUUAUGGAGCGUGACACAUAUCCGCGCAAGUGGGGAUUGGGUCCAAAAGCAUCAGCCAAGAAGGCGCUUAUUGCUGCCGGUAAACUGGACAAGUUUGGCAGGCCCAACGAGAAUACGCCCAAGGAAUGGCUAACGGGCUUUGUGGAUUACAACGCCAAAAAGCCAGCGGCGGCAGUUGCACCACAAGCUGCGUCGCCCUCAAAUGGCUCUAGUGAACCCAGCAAGCGCAAACACAGCACCUCCAGUGUGGAUGAAACGGCAGUUGAUGUCACACCCGCCACAACAGAGAAAAAGAAAAAGAAGAAGCACAAGGGUGAGGAGGAGGCGCCAGCUGCAGAGGAAUCAGCUGCUGAUGUACCUGUAGAGAAAGAGAAGAAGAAAAAGAAGAAGAAGGACAAAGAUAGAGAUAGAGAAGAGGCUCAGGAAUAGCAUACUUUCUAUAAAACUAGGCAUUAGGCUCUAUGUCCUCCACUAUUUUGAGAGCAUUUUCUUAGCUGUUAAGUUUAAAAUUUUAGACGGCAUCUUGUAUAUGUGAGCUGUAAAAAUGCAAGUUUUCUAUGCAUUUAUAAGUGACAUUCGCAACGCAAUAAAUUGUAUAAUUUUAUUGUACA